AUGGAUGGGGCCUCCAGCCAGCACCGCACCAGAUUCAGGUCCUGCUCCAAAGUUUUCGGGCGGGAGAUGAACGUGGCGCUCGUUUGUGGCGUCGGUGCACUGAGACUGAUGCCAGAACGCAAGCUGGGUGUACGCAAACGGCCGGCGACAUGCGCGAUUGAUGAGCACGCAGCUGCUGUCAAAACUUGGUUGGGAAAGUUGGUGAUUGGCAUGAAUCUAUGCCCAUGGGCCAAAACUGCAGAAGAGUCUGGCGGAAUCAAGGUGACUACAAGCCUCGGAUCCACACCUGCAGAGGUAUUGCAGGACCUCCAAAGAGAGGCACGGGCGCUGCCGAAGCAGCUGGAUGGUCCGCCGGGCGUGGCUACCACUAGCCUCGUGGUAUGCCCUCAUGUCCAGAAUUGGCAAGACUUUGAAUGCUUCGCAGAAUUCUUUGGCAACACCUUGAAGAACGGGGUGGCGCUCGAAGAAGAAUUGGGGGUCAAGGUGGUUGCCUUCCACCCGCAAUUUCAACAUCAACCCUUGUUUGGCCACGUCCUUGAGGUUGAGGAUGUCCUGUCCCUGCCAGUAGAUGGAGUUCCGCACGAGGCCACAGUGCUGGACCCAGACGUGCAAGACGAGAACGGUCAAGAAGCGUUUCUGGUACGCCUCGAUGAUGGACGAGAGCAGCGCUUUUCAUACACGUAUCUGGCGGAACUUCUGCAGGAUGGAUCUGAAGGUCUGGAAGAUCUUGAAGACGAAGAUCUGGACGACCAAGUCCUAGACGAGGCUGAGGAGGAGAGUUACACAGAAGGAGAUGAAGAUGCGACGUAUGAAGAUGAUGCGGAGAGCGUUUUGGCAAGCAUCCCGCAGCGGGCGCCGUGGCCAACGUUCCAUUUACUGCGGCUUUGCGAUGUGUCUGCAGCGCUUGCAGACCCGGCUGCUGGCGAUAGAGUUUUAGAGCAGAAUGCGGAUACGGUGCAGAAGCUGGGACUUGAUGGCUGGAACAGCCUCAGGGCAGAGUGGCAAUUGCAGAGUGAAACAAGAUCUAAAGGCACAGCGGAUAACACCAUCAAAAGAAUCCAAAGGAUUUCUGCCCCGGCUUGCUGGCAUGUCAGGACCCCCUGCUACAGCGAGUGGCAACUGGGGGUCGCAAGCUGCUUAGCUCGGCCUCUUUUGCAGCGUCAAAGCGAUCAGUGUCAGUGUGCAACAGGAUCACUGCUUUUUCAGGUAGCUACUCCUUCCGCAGCGGCCUGA